AAAAAAAGAAGGGAAAAGGCAGUCCGAUAUAACAACCAUAAUCCACAAAAAAAAUUUCUUUUUCUCUCUCUCUCUCUUUUAGUUUAAGAAAGAAUAUAUAAUGGAAGUCGAUCAACGUAUUGUAUUGCCCGGCGAUGCCAUCGAUGUAGAUACCGAAUCCACAGUGGUUUUAGGCCCUGGUUUAAGACAAGAAGGUGAAGAUGUGGUUGCUACAAAGGCUGGUAUUUUACGUCAUUUAGAAGCCGGUAAUCGAUGGUGGAUUGAGAGCAAUCAAAAGAGAUACAUUGCAGCUACUGGAGAAUCAGUUAUCGGUACUGUCACAGCGAAAAUGGCAGAAUACUUUCGCGUUGAUAUUGGAACAGCACAUUCUGCUGUUUUACCUUUAUUGUCCUUUGAAGGUGCCACAAAACGUAAUAGACCCAAUUUGCCUUUGCAUGCGCUUGUGUAUUGUAGAGUAGCCAUGGCAAAUCCCGACAUGGAAGCGGAACUUGAGUGUGUUAAUCCCAAAACUAGUAAAGCUGAUGGUUUCGGUGAACUUGUAGGUGGAUAUGUGUUUAAAUGUUCCCUUGGACUUUGUAGAAGAUUAUUGAACCCCAAUACACCUAUUUUAGCAUUGUUAGGUCAACACUUUCCUUUCGAAACAGCAGUUGGCAUGAAUGGUCGUGUUUGGGUUAACUCAGAAGAAGUUAAAAAUACAAUUUUGAUUUCGAAUGCUAUUCAAAACUCUGAAUAUCUUAGUGCUGAUGAGUGUAAGCAAAUGGUUGAAGGUCUUAUUAACAAGUUAUAAAAGGUUUUAUAUAUCCCCCCUCCGGUUAUUUGUUUAAAUCUUCUCUUGUAAUGUAUAUAUAUAUUUUUUUUUUAAAAAAAAAAGCUGUCAUUUUUCAAUUUUGGAGCCCAAUGACAAAUCUUCACUCAAUUUGAUUGAUUGGUGGAGUGUCAAUUAUCGCU